ACCUGCCACCCUGUUUCUAUGGCAAAAGACGAAUACAAACUGCUGAAAAAAUGGCUAACCUGAGAGUACCCGAGGGACAAUACACUCAGACCAUUUAUGGAAUGAUUAAGGAGCAUCGCUAUGGUGAAGUGAUCCAGAUAUUGAGUCUAGAACUUCAACAGUAUCCCAAGUCCAGGGCAGCACUAUCCCUCCUCGGAUUCUGCUAUUUCCAUGUGCAAGACUUUGCCUCAGCAGCAGACUGUUACGAGCAACUCAUUCAGUUGCAUCCUGAAGUAGACGACUAUCGACUCUACUAUGCUCAGGCUCUAUACAAGGCAUGUUCUUACCCUGAGGCCAUGAAGGCUUCUUGUCAGAUUGAGAACCCUACCUACCAUACACAGAUUUUAAAGCUUCAAGCUUCUAUAAAGUAUGCAGAAGAUGACCUCCCCAAUGCUAAGACCCUUGUGGAGCAGUGUGCUUCCGAUGAUCCUGAUUCUAGCUUCAACAUGGCCUGUACCUUAUUCAAGGAGAAGCGUUACAGUGAGGCAUGUAGUCAUUUCAACAGUGUACUGCAAGUGACGGGCUACAAUGCUGACACCUGUUACUGUAUAGCACUGUGCCAUUACAUGAUGAAACAGUACGCUGCCGCUCUCAAGUACAUCACAGAGAUCAUUGAGAGAGGAAUCAAAGAGCACCCAGAGUUGAGUGUGGGCAUGCAGACUGAAGGUGUGGAUGUGAGGAGUGUUGGAAACACAGCGGUUCUUAAUGAGACUGCUCUGGUUGAGACGUUCAACCUAAAGGCUGCCAUUGAGUACCAGCUCAAGAAUUAUGAGGCAGCUAAAGAGGCUCUCACUGACAUGCCCCCACGAUCUGAAGAGGAACUGGACCCAGUGACGCUGCACAACCAGGCCCUGAUGAACAUUGACGAGAGCCCGACUCAGAGCUUUGAGAAGCUCCAGUUCCUCCUCCAGCAAGUACCCUGUCCCCCAGAGACGUUCUCCAACCUACUGCUCCUAUACAUUAAACAUGAAUAUUUUGACCUGGCUGCGGAUGUGCUGGCUGAGAAUGCUCACCUCACUUACAAGUGCCUCUCUCCUUACCUGUGGGACUUCAUUGAUGCACAAAUAACUCAGCAGACUUCCCCUGAAGAGGCAUUCCGGAAGCUGGAUGCUCUUGCCACCAACCACACUGAGAAGCUACGUAAGCUCACAAAGCAGGUGCAGGAACAUCGACAUAACCAUGACGAUGAGGCCGUCAAAAGAGCGGUGGAGGAAUAUGAUGAUACUUUAGAGUGCUACAUCCCUGUGUUGAUGACCCAGGCCAAGAUCUACUGGGACAAAGAAGACUACAGUCAAGUGGAGGCCACCUUUAGGAAGAGUGUGGAGUUCUGCAGUGAGCAUGACGUGUGGAAGCUCAAUGUGGCACAUGUACUCUUCAUGCAGGAGACAAAGUUUAAGGAAGCAGCAGGGUUCUAUGAGUCUAUUGUCAAGAAACACUUUGACAACCUUGUUGGGGUCAGUGCAAUCAUUUUAGCAAACAUUUGUGUCUCCUACAUCAUGACUGGACACACUGAGGAGGCCGAGGAAAUAAUGAAGAAAAUUGAGAAAGAGGAGGAAGAUCUUUCCUACGAGGAACCAGACAAGAAGCUGUACCACUUGUGUAUUGUCAACCUAGUGAUUGGCACUCUGUACUGCGCCAAGGGUAAUUAUGAGUUUGGAGUGGCUCGUAUCAUGAAGAGCUUGGAACCAUACAGCAAAAAACUUGGUACAGACACUUGGUAUUAUGCAAAAAGAUGUUUCUGCUCUCUGCUUGAAAACAUGUCAAAGCACAUGAUAAUGUUGAAGGACGAUGUGGCUCGCGACAUUAUUCAGUUCUUCGAGCACUGUGAAGCUUAUGGGCGCAACAUACCGGCCGUAUCCGAGCAACCCCUACAGCACGACUCCAUAGAUAUUGGAAGGAAUACUGUUACUUAUCAAGCUAGGCUCCUCAAAGCGUUGUUCUUGCAACUAACCGAAUAUUAGAUGCAUAUACACUUACAGUUCAUGUUAACUUUUAUUUAUGUACCGUUGGUUUUGACUUUUUGUUCACUGUAUCCAGUUGUACUUCUGUCAUAUGAAGUUUCCAUAUUUCCUG